GGCAAACAAAUCAAACAGUUGGUCAAAACUUUCCAUUUUACACAGAACAAAAAUUCGUAGAUUGUUAAAAAAGAAAGAAACCAAAUCCCUAUCAAAUUCAACCUUCGUCCUCCUCAGAUCUGAAAGCUCGAUUCUUCGAAAGGGGUUUGAGAAAUGGCGAAUAGGGUGGAUCAGGAAUACGAUUAUUUGUUUAAGAUCGUGUUGAUCGGAGAUUCGGGUGUGGGGAAAUCGAACAUAUUGUCGAGAUUCACGAGGAAUGAGUUUUGCUUGGAAUCCAAAUCCACCAUCGGUGUCGAAUUCGCCACCAGAACUACUCAGGUGGAAGGAAAGACGAUUAAGGCUCAGAUCUGGGACACUGCAGGUCAGGAGAGGUACAGGGCCAUCACCAGCGCUUACUACAGAGGCGCAGUGGGUGCACUCCUUGUCUACGACAUCACCAAGAGGCAGACAUUUGACAAUGCCUCGAGGUGGCUUCGCGAACUGAGAGACCAUGCUGAUUCCAACAUCGUGAUCAUGAUGGCUGGGAACAAAUCCGAUCUUAACCACCUGAGAUCCGUUGCUGAGGAAGAUGGUCAAAAUCUGGCCGAGAAAGAAGGUCUCUCUUUCCUGGAGACUUCUGCUCUUGAAGCAACAAAUGUCGAGAAAGCGUUUCAGACCAUCUUAGGAGAGAUCUACCAUAUCAUAAGCAAAAAGGCACUGGCUGCUCAAGAAGCGGCUGCAGCUAACUCCGCAAUUCCAGGACAAGGUACGACCAUUAACGUUGAUGACACAUCUGGAGGCGUGAAACGAGGUUGCUGCUCUACCUAAAACAAAAGGUUAUAUGUUUUUUCUCGCUUAUUACCUAUCCCAAGAUUCUCAAACUUUUGUUUUCAUUGGCUCUUCUUCUAUUUCAAGUUUUGGCUGAUGAAACGUAACUAUGCAAAGCCCAUGUAGAAUACUUGUGUCCAUUUACUCUGUUUUUUAUGCUCUUCGGUUGUGUUGCUUGUGAUAUUCUUUAGUCCGCUUUGUUAGUAGUAUACUUGGAAUCUCUUCUUCUUCUUGCGUUGCUGUGUUAUCAACAUUUCAUCUCCGGUUUAGAUUGGUUUAUUCGAAUCAUUGAUUCAUUUCUAAUCAAUGUAUCCCCUUCCAAAAUCCUUUCUUUUAUGUUAUUCACACUGAGAUUGAGAGGAUUCCACUAUAAAGAUUUAAUUUGAAAAACAAGGGUUCUACCAAUGCUAUUUAUUUGAAAAAACUACGAUACAGAACAAUCUUGUUA